ACCAAAACUAAAGAGAUCAGACACAAGUCAAACUGAAAGUCACAUCCGAUAAAGAUCGAAACUUCCGACGUAACUUUGGGACGAUGGGUUUCAUCGGAGAUCAGAUCGAUUCUUUGAAGUCGCUAAAAGUCAGACAAGCCUUAGAGCAAGUCAUCACUCUCGGUAUGAUUGUUUCAUCUGCAUUGAUUAUAUGGAAGUUUCUGAUGUGUGUUACGGGUAGCGAGUCACCGGUCGUUGUGGUUCUUUCUGAAAGCAUGGAACCUGCAUUUCAGAGGGUCCAUGAACGAAACGAUACAAAAGAUAUUGAUGUCCUUACAAAAGGGGAUAAUAAUGAUCAGGAUGACCGAGUUCUAUAUGCGCCAGGUCAGCAGUGGCUUCAACAUCAGCAUAUCAUGGGUAGAGCCGUGGGGUUUUUACCUUAUGUUGGCUAUGUUACAAUCAUCAUGACCGAAAAUCCUAUCAUAAAGUACGCUCUUAUUGGUGCUUUGGGUUUACUCGCGAUUACAUCCAAAGAUUGAUAAUCCUCUGAUUUUUCAUACACUGGGAUGAUACAAAUUUCGUCCCAGUCGAGUAGUGUUUAUGAACCGAUUCAGUGAAAUCAAAAUGCAGCAUUGUUAGUUUCGACUUUACAUAUAGCUGCCCGGUUUUCGGGGUCAAGUUGGAAAUGAAAUAAUAUUUUAUUUAAAAUAAUUGAAACAUUAGAUCUUGUUCAAAGGGUUUAAUUUUGAACAUCUUGUAAAUGACCAAACUUUUCUCGUAUGUGUCUCGAGAAAAUCAUCAACGGACCGACUCUCACAACGUGAAAGAGGGCCAACUGGGAAGAGACUGUUGAAAUCCGAAUCUUUCGAGAAGGCAUCAUUUAUCCAUCAGUUGUUGCUUACCAAGUGUUUGAUAAAAUUCGUGACAUUUAGUCGUCGGGAUUAUAAUUUUAUUCUUCUCUUUUAACA